CUGGCGGCGGCAAGAUGGCGGACGACCUGGACCGGCUGCUGGACGAAGUGGAGAGGCGGCUCUGCCGCCUGCCGGGACAGGGGGCGGCGGGCGGCCGCCGGGACGGCGACGGCGAGGAGGAGGGGUCGAAGGAGGGCAGAUCAGCUAAACUGUUAAUGAGUGCUGGCAGCAGUGAAGAAGAUCUGGAUGACAUUAUUGAUGAAAUCUGUAAUGACAGCAGCCUUAUCAAAACACCUCUGAAACUGAAGUCUAACUCUGGAGGUCUCACAGCUGAAAGCUCUGGUGCUGUUGUACAGGCUCCUAGGAAAAGAUGCUGUCCAGUGUACCUGGGUGGAAGUGCUUCACCAUCUGGCAUAGGAACAAACACUUCCAGAAGAGCUUGUGACCAGCUACGUUGUACUGCUUGCGACUUCCGAGUGUCGCUCUUCAACGACUACAUCUGGGAUCAGUCCUGUGAUUACCUUUUCUUCAGGAACAACAUGCCUGAGCUCAGUAAACUCAGAGCCAAGAUGAUAAAGAAGAAAGGAGCAAGAGCUUAUGCUUGUCAGUGCAGCUGGAGAUCCAUUGAUGAGCUGACUGACCUCCAAACAGAGCAGCAGCUGCGGUGGGUGUGUGGCAAACAUGCAGAAUGAAGUCCUCCUCUCUGUGCUACCUGCUUGUGUGGAAAACAGGUCAUAAACUCCAUCUGCUCCCUGGGAACAGAUGGAAACCUGAAUGCUUAGAUCUAGAAAUAGAUUCUAACACCCAAGCCUCAACCUGAAGGCUUCUCAUACAAUCUAACUGCCUUGCAAGCAAUGUGGGGAGUGGAAUUCUCAGAAGCAGCAAUGAAUUUGGAGGCUUUCUGGAAGCUAAAUGAAGUUAAAGCUCACAUUCAAUAGUGUUAAAGAGAAGAUGAGGAAAUCAACAGAUAUAGGCAUGGGGCAAAGCACCCUGAGACACUUCCUUACAGCUAGUAGAGCCUCAUUUCCUGUGUCAACAGAAUCUGGGGCUCUGGCACAGGACCUGGCUCAUGACCUGGCUCAUAGGCAUGGAAAUUAACACUGCUGAUCUGCUUUGCUCAUAGCUAUUCAUGAGCAAGUGGUUAUAGAUCUCUUAAAAUCUGCUACAAGAUGAGCUCUCACCUCAAAGGCUUGAGCACACCCCAAACCUUUACUUUCUUUUGCCUGCCAGCAGCCACUAACUGCAGGUGCUGGAAAUGUCUUUCUAGUUCCUACUGCUUCCUUCAGAGCACUUUCUGCUGACUAAAGACUUUCAGCACAGUUAAUUUUUUGGACUUCCCUUCAGCCUUCACUGCAAGAGGUGCACAAGUUAUGGUGCAGUCAUGGAACACUACCCAAUUGUAAAGAGAUUCUGAGGGGUAUGUGAUGACUAGCAAGCUUUUGAAGGGCACAAAGGCUCCAGAUUUGAAGAGUGAGGAAAUAAAUCUCCCCACUGGCAUUCAGAUUUGGAGGCUUUUCUGUUUCACUAAGCUUUCACUUCAUCUUCACUUCAAAACACUACCUAUUCAGAAAGUGCAACUGUCCUGUUUCAACACACUCCCUUCCCCCAGUCACAUUGUAAAACUCCUUCCAGGAUCCUGUUACUUGGUGAAUUGUCUUGAUCACCCUUAAAGUGUCACUGCAGUUCCUGAGCUUUUUCUUCUCAGAUAUAAAGAACACAGGAGAUGGCUUUGGGCAGGCAGAGAGGAAGGAAAGGAUUACCUGGCAAUUACUACAUUGGAAAGUGUCUCAGAAUGGGAAGUCUGUCAGUAUUUUUGUUAUCUGGUACUGCACAGAUAAAUUCAUAGGCUCAUAGAAUGGCUCAGGUUGGAAGGGACCUCAGAGAUCAUCUCCUCCAACCUCCCUGCCAUGGGCAGGGACACCUCCCAGCUAGACUCAGCUACUCAAAGCCUCAUCUGGACUGGGCCCAGGGUGCAGGCAUCCACAACCUCCCUGAGCAGCCUACUCUAGGGUCUCACCACCCUUGCACUGAAGUUCCUAAGUUCUUCCUAAGCUCCAGUCUCACCCUGCUCUGCCUCAGCUUCAAACCAUUCCCCCUUGUCCUGUCUCUGGACACCCUUAUGAAAAGUCCCUCUGCAGCCUUCCUGCAGAAUCGCUUCAGCUAUUGGAAGGCAGCUCAUAGGGCCCCCAGAGUCUUCUCCAGGCUGAACACCCCCAGCUCCCUCAGCCUAUCUCCA